AGGUGCCUGCCGAAGGGCGCAUUUUUCCCGCCAGAGGCGCCACUGGUUUGCGCGCGCAAGUCCGCCAUCUUGUGCUGUCGUGACGCCGACUACUGCAAUCUGCAGCUGAAUCCAGGUUUAGCAGCCGUAGAGCACAACGGGUCGAACCCAGCCGCCGCUGCUAGUCCGCCCUCAGUGACUCCACCAUGGUCGACCUCGGAACUGGGUACGUGGGAGCUGGUGGUCCUAAUAGCUGGGCCGAUUGUGCUCAUCUGCGUGGCAAUGCUGGUCGGCCUGUCCAUGUGGGGUGGCAGGGGGCGGGGCGGCAGGGGAGGCAUCCCCCACUCGCACUUCCCCUGUCCGGAGGCGGACGCGCCCGACCAACCCAUACUGAGCGGUGUGUCGCUAAGGGACAUGAUCGAGAUGACUACUAGCGGGUCCGGAUCGGGUCUACCCCUGCUAGUGCAACGCAGCAUCGCGCGUCAAAUCCAGCUGGUGGAGACGAUAGGCAAGGGUCGUUUCGGGGAGGUGUGGCGGGGCAGGUGGAGGGGGGAGAACGUGGCCGUCAAGAUAUUCUCGUCGCGGGAGGAGAGGUCCUGGUUCCGGGAGGCCGAGAUCUACCAGACGGUCAUGUUGCGUCACGACAACAUACUCGGAUUCAUUGCUGCUGACAAUAAAGAUAACGGCACAUGGACACAACUGUGGUUGAUAACUGACUACCACGAGAAUGGCUCGCUGUUUGACUUCUUGAAUCGCAGCACAGUUGAUGUGCCCGGCAUGAUCAAGAUGGCACUGUCCAUUUCAACUGGGCUGGCGCAUCUCCACAUGGAAAUCAUCGGCACUCAGGGUAAACCGGCGAUCGCUCACAGGGACCUAAAGUCGAAGAACAUCCUGGUGAAGACGAACGGCACAUGCGCAAUCGGUGACCUUGGCUUGGCCGUCCGCCAUGAUGUGGCCACGGACACGGUCGACAUCCCGCUCAACAACAGAGUCGGCACCAAGCGGUACAUGGCUCCCGAGGUGCUGGACGAGUCGAUGAACAUGAACCACUUUGACGCGUUCAAACGCGCUGACGUGUACGCGUUCGGCCUGAUCCUGUGGGAGGUGGCGCGCCGCUGCAACGUGGGGGGCAUCUACGACGAGUACCAGUUGCCCUUCUACGACCUGGUGCCCUCCGACCCGACCAUCGACGAGAUGCGACGAGUCGUGUGUGUCGACAUGCAGCGGCCGUCCAUUCCCAACCGGUGGUCUGCCUGUCAGGCGUUAUUCGGAAUAUCGAAAGUGAUGAAGGAAUGCUGGUAUCAGAACGCGGCUGCCCGCCUCACCGCUCUGCGAAUCAAGAAGACUGUGACCGCGCUGGGAGCUGCGCAAGACAUCAAAAUGUGAAUCUGCGCAUUUUCGCGCAGUACCUCAAAAUGGGAAUUUGCGUAUCUCUGCGCAGUACAUCAAAAUGUGAAUCUGCGCAUCUUUGCGGAGUAAAUCCAAAUGGGAAUCUGCGCAUCUCUGCGCUGCACAUCCAAAUGGAAAUCUGCGCAUCUCUGCGCAGUACAUUAAGAUAUGAUUUCUGCGCAUGUGUUCCGACUCAACCGUAAUACCUCUGACACAACAGACAAUGUUCGCUCAUUCUUUUUACAUACAUAAGUGCGGCUUGUUGGAUAGAUGUUUUUUUUAUAUAAAUAUUUGUGUAGGAGAGCAUGAGCGUAUGUGGUCGUGUAUGAGUUGAUAUUUUGUUCCAAAAGUGCAGUACUGGUGUACAAUUUUGUUUGUGGUAUAAUUUUUUACUGGUAGUAAAAGUACCUACAGUACAAUAUUGUUGUACAAUUUAAUACAGUUUGUGAAAAAUUCUGAAUUGGUGAUACAAGUACAGUAAAAUUUGUACCACAAUUAUGGUACAGGCGUGAAAUUUUGUACAAAAUUUGCAAAAUGUUAUACUGGUGUUACAAGUAUAUAGUGAGGUCCACGUUAUAAUGACAGUAUUUUUGAUCAACUUUGGUUUUGCUAUCCUUGUCCAUCAUUCGACAAAGCCGGUGGUACUAUCCUUUCCUAGGUCCACAACGAUGCCAAUUAUGUUUUUGACAGUGUAGAAAUAUAAUUAAUUAAUACAGAGAAUAGGCAUCGCUAUUCUUCUAUCUUCAUCCACUGCCAUUAUAACGUGGAUCUCACUAUAGUACUGGUAGUAAAAGUGAAGUUUAAUUAUUGAUUGUACUAUUUGAUACAGUUUGUAGGAAGUUUUAUACUGGUGGCAGAAGUACAGUACUGUACAAUAAAUUAUUGUACAAUUUAAUACAGUUUGUGGAAAUAUUGUUCUGUACAAUUUGUGUAAAGUUUUAUACUGGUGGUAUAAGCACAGUACAAAUGAAUACCGGUACAACAGUAAUAAUAAUAUCGAGUGACCUGGCUGGCUCAGGUCUGGUGUCAGACUUUUCAGGUCGCACCUGAUCAAUUUCAGGGCCUCUGAUAUGACGUAACGUCUGGGUUUUAGGCAACCGGGAGCGACGACUUAACAUUAUACAAUUUUAUAAGUUUAGUAAAAAAUUAUUCAUAGUGCAAUGAAUAAUAUUGUAAAAUUCAAUACAGUUUCAAAAAUCAUAUAUUGGUAGCACAAGUAGUAGAGUAAAACUGUUCUACAAUAUUUAGAACAAUCCUUAUCAUUCAACUAUUUUUUUUUCUUUUAAUACCGUACAACUGUAGAAAAUUCUGUCUUGAUGGAAUUUGAAUCUGUUCACAUUCAAGAUUUUUAUAGAAUCUUAAAAUAUACUGUAAAUUGUAUUAUUUAGUACAAUCAUUGUAAUACUUGAGCUGCGUACAGAUAAACGCGCCUCCAACCCGCUCCGCGCACGCUCCACCCUCGUUCCGCAAUCGCUCCGCUCCCGCUCUGUACACGCACCGAUCAUGAACGUUACGGGAGAUGUUAGCUCUUCUCGCGUUCCACUCUUGCUCCCCGGUCGAUCAUCAAUCGCUCUGCUCGAGUGACGUUCGGUUGCGGAGCAGAGCGAAAGUCUGUACGCACCUUAAGAGUUCACUCAAUUUAUGUACCACGUGGAGUAGUACUUUAUGUACUUUAUAUACUAUUAUGUAGUACUUCAAGUACAUUGUGCAACAAUGAAUAAUUGCAGUUUUGUAUGAAUGAAUGUACUUUGUAAUCCCCAUGUACUUUGUAACUCUUCGGAUGUUUAAUUAUUUUUUGCUGAGGAUAAUGCCCACAAAAGCCGUAGGCUUGUGCGUGGGUAGGAGGAGAUAUGAAAGGGCCUACAUGUAGGUUCCGAACCACCGGGAUGUGAGUUUGAUUCAUUCAUUUUGUACAUUAUUUUUCAUUGUAUGAUAGAUGAGACGUGUGUUCAUUUAUUGUUUUAUUCAAGUAACUGAGAACAUUCGAAGGGUUUUUGUUUUCUCUUGUGAUGAUGAUGCUCAGAUGAGCUGUAGGCUUGUACGUGAGUAAUGGAAUGAUGAUAUAACAGAGCUGUAAGUGUCAAAUUUGUAUCUACAGUUUAAGAUGGGUUGGCUUAAUAUUAGGAUGUGAUUUUGAACCUUAUAACAUUCGGAUCUGGUCUCUAUAAGUUAUUUCAUUUUUAGAAUAUUACAAUAUAUAAAUAAUUCAUCAGUAAUUUCAUUUCAAUAGACUUUUAAAGGAUAUUUCUAUAAAUUAUUUUAAAACUUUUAUAAUCUAUAAAAAACCUGUUGUAUAAAUGAAAUUUAAUUGUUAUUUUUGUCAUGUUGACUGUCAACAGUCUUAUAAUGAUUAUUAUCUAGAGUCUAGAUUCGUUAAAUAUUUUCAAAUGAGAAUUAGAAGUUCGAAGUGUUUGCCCACUUUCAACCCUUUUAAAAUUUGAUUGACCAUGCUUCUUGAAAAAA